UUCCUAAAUGCCAAACCGGUUUGGGAGGAGUGUGACUAUAAGAAUGCCUUACAUUCAGAUCAAAGUUACUGUCAGUGUAGUCAGUGGGACAGUGCAGCAGGAUACUGGUUCAUCUGUUUCAUACCCGUUUGCCCAAUACAUACUAUCAUCAUGAAGUACUGGCCGGCAUAUAUCUUUCUCGUAUGUCUGACCUUCCACGAUGUCUCUACUCAACGCAAGAAAAAGUCAGUCCAAACUCUAGCAAGAGGCUGGGGUGAUGACAUCACCUGGGUUCAGACAUAUGAGGAGGGAUUGGACAAAAUGAAGGAAAGUAAGAAGCCUCUGAUGAUCAUUCACCAUUUAGAGGAUUGUCCACACAGUAAAGCUUUGAAAGCGGCUUUUUCUGAACACCAGGCUAUUCAACGAAUGGCCAAAAAAGAUUUCAUCAUGCUCAACUUAGUGCAUGAGACCCCUGAUCCAAACUUGGCCCCUGACGGCUCAUAUGUACCCAGAAUCCUGUUUGUUGAUCCCUCGCUGACUGUGCGAGCCGAUAUUGUGGGAAAGUAUGGCAACAGCAUGUACACUUAUGAACCAACCGACAUGGACUUCUUGGCCGAGAACAUGAUAAAGGCCAAGAUCCUGCUGAAGGAGGGACACGAUGAUCAUGAUGAUCUGUGAUGAGUAGAAAACCUGAUGAUGACAGCCUACACUUUUUUCAGACAGGACAAGACUUUCAAUGGAAACUUGUAAACAGUAUACAGGUGCUUCUGUGCAAGGAGCAAUUUUCAAAUUAAAUCCGGAAACUUUGAAUAAAGUCCUUUGUCACCUUAAAAA